UUUUAUUUUGUUCUUUUACUGUUGCGACCCGAACAACGCAACAGCUUGUGUUCGCUGUUAUGACGAACCCUGAGACAUACAGAACAAAAUCGAUUUUGGGCACCAUGGCCCUCGCAACCGGCACGUCACUACACCAUUGCCAAUAUCAACAGCCCAGCGUCGACGACGACUGCAGCUGCUGAGUGAAGCUGCCACAAGCAGUAGCAGUGACAGCGGCAGUGGCAGCGGCAAAACGUCUGCCAGUUAAGCACAGAACACAGGCACAGAACAACAGUAACAUUUCGGUGGCGUCGUCGAUAUUACUGAAACAACUUGCGAGCGGUCACAACGUAUUCGCCGGGUAGCCGCGUUAGAAUCAUAAACGGACUUUAUAGAAAUAUUUUUACUUGCUUAUUAUAUUCAUUUAAGAGAACUAAAGAGGUAAAGCAUAGUUUGAAUUUAAUUGAAACGUAAGAAUGUUUUAAAAUAUAAAGAAACGUCGCUUAUAUACGACAAUAAUCAAUGUGAAAAAGUUAAAAUUUCCGAAAAAUAUAAUUUUUUUUUGUAAAAAUGGAAAUUUUCUCCCUAGUAUGGAUUGGGCAUGGAAUAUAUUUGUGAAGAAAAUAUUAAGUGAAAAUGAUACUUAAAUAAUUAUAGUUAAAACAUGUGGACAUACAUAUAAUACAUACAUACAUAUAUAAAGUAAAUUAAAGCGAUAAAACACUGACCUCACCAAAUCGAAUCUGUCUAUCGAUGAGUGAAUUUAAAAGUUACUAAUGCCGAAAGGUAAAGUUGCGCUUUUUUAGAGACACAACAUAAAAUGGUUUAUUACCAAUCCACACCAAUGGUAAUUAAAACAGAGAAGCCAAGUCAGGCUCAACUCUGUGCUCAGCUAGAAACAACUUCAACAAUUUCUGAGACAACGACAAAUGUCGAAACAUCAUCACCCUUAACCCAUAUACCGCACGAAUAUCAAUUGCAGCAAAGCACUUCGAAUGCAUAUGCUGAUAUCUGUAGUAAAGCCACAAUAAUGCAGAAACGAUCUCACGAAUCCCCCCCAUUGUCUCAUACUAGUAUUAUCCCAAGUUAUACGGUAUCAAUCCCUGUACAUAACUUAUCUACAAAUACAUCGAAUAUUAGUUUACAUGCCAAUAUCAAAACGGAACCUAACAUCGGCGUAUAUGGAGGUUCUUCAUCCGCAACAUCGGCAUAUUCAACAGCCACAACGUUAGAUUUGAAUACUGGCACUGCAAGCGUGUCUGUUCCCGUAGUGGCUAUAAGCCGCAAACCAACUGUAAAUAAGCCACAAUUUAAAUGCGAGCAAUGUGGAAUGACCUUUGGUAGCAAGUCGGCUCAUACUUCGCACACUAAGUCGCAUGCCAAAAGCAUUGAUUUGAGCGGUGGUAUAGCUGCGGGGUCUGCAAGGUUGGGCGAUGUCAGCGAAGCUGGUGUGUCGACGGGCAUUCCAAAGACAGCGAAUGUGACUGGAAUUGCCGGAGGAGAUCCGUAUCAGUGCAACGUUUGUCAAAAGACAUUUGCAGUACCCGCAAGGCUGAUACGACAUUAUCGCACCCACACUGGCGAAAGACCUUUUGAAUGCGAAUUUUGUCACAAAUUGUUCAGCGUUAAGGAGAAUCUACAGGUGCAUCGUCGGAUACACACGAAAGAAAGGCCAUACAAAUGUGACGUUUGCGAGCGCGCAUUUGAGCACUCGGGCAAAUUGCAUCGACACAUGCGUAUACAUACCGGCGAGCGACCGCAUAAGUGCUCAGUCUGCGAGAAGACUUUCAUUCAAUCCGGGCAAUUGGUUAUUCAUAUGCGAACGCAUACUGGUGAAAAACCAUACAAAUGUCCGGUUGAGGGCUGCGGCAAGGGAUUCACCUGCUCCAAACAGCUGAAAGUACAUUCGCGUACUCACACGGGCGAAAAGCCUUACCAUUGCGAUAUCUGUUUUCGUGAUUUUGGCUACAACCAUGUACUCAAGCUUCACCGAGUGCAGCAUUACGGUUCCAAAUGCUACAAAUGCACAAUUUGCGAUGAGACAUUUAAAAAUAAAAAAGAGAUGGAGGCGCAUAUCAAAGGUCACGCUAAAGAAUUUCCGGAUGAUGAUGACGAAGCCGUAGCUGGGGCAGCGGUUGCUGGCAGUAGUUCUACAUCGAAUAGUUCGAGUGGUGAAGCUAUAUCAGCGCCUGGGUCGCCUUUAUCACCAAUACCAUCUGGCGGUGCAGUCGCCAAGGCGCGUAAAUCUAAAGUGGAGCGUGCACGAGCGCUACCUUUAAAGACAACCGCUUCUAGCUUACGCAAUCCAGCAUCGCCCAGCUCACCUCGGUCUACACUGUCGCCAAACUCAUCACGACUUUCUGCGGGUUCACCAGAAUCUUUGACGACAUCAUCUCCAACGCCAUAUACAAUGGAAAUAGACUAUCCUAGUCGAGACGGUGAAGUAGCUAGUACCAGCAAUGAUCACCAAUUAUCAUUAUCCUUACCUGUUGUAAACUCAAAUGAUAACAAUGCACAACAGUCCUGUAAUUCUAUAAAUGAAGAAUUGCCGACAGAUUUAAGCAAACAACAGGUGCAACAUCCAACGUCUAUGAAAUUUUAUCAAAGCGGCCAGAUGCAAAAUGUUUCAUCGGCAUACAAUUACCAACAUCUGCAGCAUCAAGGAAUGAAAUUAGAACGUUCUGGGAUUGAACCGCCCACGAUCAAUCCUGCUUUACUUGAAGCUGCGUCCAUUGUGAGGCGACGCGAUAUGCUGGAUUCCCCAAAUGAAGAGGAAGUUACAAAGACGGAAACCUCUGUGAAACAAUCACGUUACUCUGAACAACAAAGUGUACUUCAGCAAAAGCAUACCCCCACUUUAACAGAUACACCUACAACUUCAUACGCGCAACAACGCAUUUCGCUCAGUCAUGAUUUAUCACAGUACGAUGAUACUCGCGAGGCGAACGAGCUAAUUGAACACUACAAACGGGGCGAACUUGCGCAACAUGGCAUGCAUAAGGGGUACGCGCCGGUGCCUAAAUUUGAACCUUCGCUACUCAAUAACGAGAUUGUUCGCCAAGUGGAAGCUGCAAUAGCGCCCCUGCGCUCUUCAACAGAAUCACCCGAACGUUCGUCAUCCCCCGAGAGUGAUUCCAUGAUGAUGGCCGAUCGUGAUGUGAUGACAUUACCCUUGCGCAAACGUAAGCUUUAUAUGCGCGAAGGAUCGCCCAUCGGGGGAAAAGCUAUACAUGAUGCCGCGCGAGAAAUAAAUAAAACGCUUACCCAUAUCGGUACGACCUCGGCCAAUGGCGAUUCGAAUCAAGCGCUUAGUACCGCUAUAAAUGCCAACAAUGAAACCGGAACGAAAGUGAUGCGUAUGAACUCGGUUAUACAGUUUGCCAAAGCCUCAUAACUUUUAAAACAAUAGGAAUUAGAUUUCAUUCAGAUUGAAACUAAUUUUCUUAUGAAAUCAAUUGAAGACUGUUAAAAUAUUUAUGUAUUUAAUGCUGCGAAAUUACAUUGCUGAUUUGAAAUACAAGUAUGUUGCACUAGACUAAAGAGAA